AUGACCAUGAAAGUCCCCUCGCGAAUAUCGCUCUCCGUCCCGCGGGCGCUGCCUCGUCCGCAGCCGCAGCAAAUCAGGCCCUUUCACCAGAGCAUCCCCAGGACCGCAAACGUCGCUCCCAUUGUCGGCACGGGGCCGCCUCCAGAGCCGCCAACGCCGGCUGUGCGAAAUGCGACAGAGCGCCUGGAGCGCCGCCGGAAGCACGCCGAGCUGCUGAAGACGGCCAAGGAGAUUCGAAGUGCGCAGGAGGGCAAGGCGAACCCGGGAGCCGCGAGAAGAUUCUGGAAGGAAGUCAGCGUGCGAGAAGUCGACGGCGCCCUGCAAGUCCAUCUCGACGCUCGCCCCCUGCGACACCCUCACACAAAGGAGAUCAUCCGAGUCCCGCUCUCCAAGCCAAACCUCGCCUCUGCGCUGGCCCUCGAAUGGGACAUCCUGACAUCCGCCCAGCAAGCCACGAAGCAACACCUCAUCCCCCUCACCAGCCUCGUCUGCCGCGCCCUCGACAUCAUCGACGACGACGCCGCGCCGAGCAUCCCUGAGUCUGCAAAGAUCCGCUCCGGCAUCGCGCAGACGGUCCUGCGCUAUCUCGACACCGACUCGCUGCUGUGCUGGGCCCCUCCCGCCGGCCCCCACGAUAGGAGAAACGAUGCCGGCGAGGACCUGCGGCACGUGCAGAAAAAGGCCGCCCAGGAGACGGUCAGCUUCCUGACGACGCACGUGUGGCCGGGCAUCACCAUCGAGCCCGUGCUGGACGGCCACUCCAUCAUGCCCAAGCAGCAGGCCGAGGGCGUUCGCGAGGUGGUGCAGGGCUGGGUCAUGGGGCUCGAUGCCUGGGAGAUUGCCGGCCUGGAGAGGGCCGUGCUUGCGGGCAAGAGCUUUGUUGCCGCCGCGAGGGUCGUCGCCGAGUGGAGCGAGGGCCCCGUUGGCACAGGCCGCGUUGUGCAGGCAGGACACUUUGGAGCCGAGGACGCCUCCGAGGCUACGGGCCUGGAGGUGGCCUGGCAGGCCGAGCAGUGGGGAGAGGUGGAAGACACGCACGAUGUGAACCAAGAGGACGUGAUUCGGCAGUUGGGCAGCGUAGUGCUCCUCGUUUCGGGCACGGGCAAGCAGCCCUACUAA